ACAAAAAGAUCGCGAAAAUCUGCAGUUUACGGGGACCCGCCAGGGAGCCCGCAAAUCUCGUCUUGACACCAAAUCGUUGGACCGAGGGGAUGUGAUUUCAAGGUUUUUGUUAAGUAUCACAGCAUCUCCAACUGUCAAAGGGUCAUGCUUCCCUGUUUGCCUAUGUGGUUGUGCCUAAACACUCUUCAUCAAGGCCCUGUGCAUCCCUGUUCUGGUCUGGGUGUGCGUCCACGGGCACGCGUAUGCGCAGUCACGCUCCAGCAAGAUUGAAAUCAGCUACUAAUGUAUCAUCACCCUCUGCAUAAACGCAAAUGCAUACACGCCGGCCAGCUAUAACUGAGCAUUUGGAGCACCUUAACAUCAGGUGAAGUCUGUCAUGGACGCAUUCAACCCAAUAAUCAUGAACUCGACUUCCAGGGAGAAGGCGAUUUCAUGCGCUACACAGACGGAGAUAUCAUCGUUAGUCCAGUCUUUCACUUCCGAGAGUUGCGUGUGACGUGUAUACGCGAAUAGAGUCAGAAGCGCAAACAAGGUGCUCCACACAGAAACAGUAUCCUUGGACGAAAAGGCGAAGUCGAGAUGUUUGUUAAUGAACCAGCACUACGCCUGGAAUGCGCGGAGGAAGUAUGUGGGAUGUUGUUCACAACGAUGCCAAUCAAACAAGUAACCUAUAAUCGAGAGUAUACACUGCGUCUGGACUGUGUCGAGUGUGACUGUCUUCGUCCGAUGUCGACCCAACCCGUCAGGAGACCUACCGAUCAUUUAUCUUUAAAUUCGCGGACUGCAUUCCAUCAACAUAAUUGAUGUGUGUCAAUAUGGAUAAGAGUCAAUCGAUACUGGACAACCGCUGCAGUGGCAUUCAUACGCGUCGUGGCUGAACGAGCGAUUGGCAAGUCGUUGGUCCGCAUUCAGAUGAAGCAACGUUACGAAAUGAAACAGAUACCCAUUCAUACCACUUCUCCGUUUAUAUACAUAUAUAUAGAGAGAGACAGUGAGAUAGAGAGAUAUAUCGGUGCAAUGGGGCCGCUUAGACACCUCGCCCAUCGGCCAGCAGCUGGACCAGUUAGAAAACCAGCGAAUCUGCCCGAAGAAUUCCUGGAUCGAAGAAAAAUUCCUGUUUGUUUGUGUCAUCACUGGUGUCUCAAACGUGCCACCAGAGCAGCAAGGACUGGACUGAUGUACGACUGCCGCCAAACCUCAACACGAAGUAACAUCCGUGCCGACGUAUUGGGCGUACAACGCCAUGCCCGGCCCUCAGCGCAGGUGAGUUGAGCUGCUCGUGGAAAAUUUGGCGCACGGAGUACCCGCCAACCAGACGAGCAAGCGUUGCUGAAGUUUCGUUGACACAAUCUAGGCAUUAUUUCCGUGCUUCUCAUUUACCAUUUCUGUGGUGCCAAUUUUUCUUGCCGGUUUGUGUAGAGGAAAUCUAUAUUUUGUCGUUGAAGCAUACACAAUGGCUCGAACAGGCAAGGUGCAACAGCGUCGUGGAGGGUUGAGGUCGGGGGCACGGAAGUUAGUGGCAGUUUGUUUGAGUGGAGUUGUGCUGUUAUCCGGUGGAUCAGUUGUUGCUACCGAGCCGGUUGAGGGUCUUCUUCGUCGGAACCUGGACACACAAGCCAGCGGCCCACAGAACGGAUCAGCAACCAGAGAAAAUACUGUAACGUGUACUCUGUCCGGCAGUACAGUUUCCGUAACGCCGGCGACUGGAGCAUCGUUGGCACUGUCAAAAGCCUCUCUCACCGCUUCCUUUGAAUGCAUAGGUGAUAGCUACACAGCCGUCCCUAGUGAAAAGACGAAAAUUUGCGAUGAAUCGAAGGCUUCCAACGAAGAUGACUCCGAGUCUUGCAACUUUGGGGACUCUAACGUGGGCAGUGCGGUGACGCUUCAAGAGAUCCUCGGGGCAAGUCAAUUGAUUGAAUGGACAGAAACAAGCACAUCCGACAAAAACUCAAUCUUACGGACGCUGAAGCUCACUGAUUCAGACCUUCCUCGAACCGACAAAACGUUCGUGGUCGGUUGUGACAAGAAAGGAGCACGGAAUGCUACGCCUACGCCGCCAUGCAGAGUGACAGUGAACGUGAGUGCCAGACCAUCCUCUGUUGACGACAAAAAUGUUGUCAUUUGCGCAUACGGCAAGAACGGCAAUGACAAGGUCGUAGAAGUCGAGAUGUCGCAAGACAAAAACACUCUCACGAUUGACUGCGGUAAAGACGGAUCGAUGCAGCCUGAAGACUUCACAAGUCGCCACUGCCCUCCGGAGACCCAAACAUUGGAAGGAUGCACAGAGGUCUACACGGAUAUUUCGGACAAGUUUGAAAGCAAUUGGUGGACAGGCAAAGAAGACAACAACCCUGUUACGCUGACUAUCCCGCAGACCGAGUUCCCAACAGAAGACAAGCGCUUCCUUCUAGGCUGCACUCCGAAUUCCACAACUACUCCAGCGCCCGACAAGAAAACGGACCAUUCCCCGUCGGCUGUGAACGAAUCAUCCUGCCUUGUGCGUGUGACCGUCAAGGCGGCAAGUUCCGCCUCCUCUGCCUCAUCCAUUCCGCAAGUAGUAGCUGCGACCUCUGGUGCGGCUCUGCUGGCAGCGAUCUUUUCAGGGUCUUUGUAAGCACGUUCGUGACACAGGCGAACAAUUUUUCUAUCUUCUUUGUGCCUGUGCUCUUCCUGUUAGCAGUGAAUUCAUGGAGCACCCUCACUAUUAGGGGAUUUCCAUGCACUGACUCAGGGUGUGUGUUGUUCGUCCGAACGCCCAAAACUGUUUGGUGUGUAGUUUCGUUGUUGUGCACAGCGCUUUUGCGCUUUUGUGAGGCUAAAGGGCGCCACAUUAAAGACAGAUUCUAAACACCUUGAUAAAUGAUUCAGUGACG